CAAGCGGCCGGAGAGAGAGAAAAAGGGAAGUUAUCUCACCCCACCACGAUAUAUUGAGCGAUGGCAAACGCACUGAGAGGAUACGUCUCGCUCGCACCAAUGUUUAGCGUGCAACGGCUGUCAACAAUUACGCGAGCGCGGGGUUCGCUGCUGGCCCAAAUGCCUAGACAUUGUUCUCCAGCAUCAUCAUCCGAUACCGGUUCGCUACUGCACGAGUCACUUGUCGGUGGAGUCAAGCACGAUCAGAUCAGGUUCAGCUCGUCAUUGCCAAAAUCUGCCCCGAAGAUGGCUGGAAAUGCUAAACUGCUCCACGAGAACCUAUGGGACCAGGACCCGGAGCUGAUGGAUUUGAUACGGAAGGAGAAGAAGCGCCAGACAAGAGGACUUGAGAUGAUUGCCAGUGAAAAUUUCACUUCCUUGUCCGUCUUGCAGUGUCUCAGCUCCUGUUUGCAUAACAAAUACUCGGAAGGUUUGCCCGGUCAAAGAUAUUACGGAGGCAAUGAAUUUAUUGACGAAAUCGAACUGCUCGCACAGAAGCGUGCCUUGGAAGCGUACCGACUGGAUCCAGAGCAAUGGGGCUGCAACGUUCAACCGUAUUCCGGGUCGCCAGCCAACUUUGCCGUGUACACCGCACUGAUCGAACCGCACGGUCGCAUCAUGGGACUAGAUCUGCCGGACGGUGGCCAUCUGACGCACGGGUUCAUGACGCAGACGAAGAAAAUUUCCGCCACGUCCAUCUUUUUCGAAAGCAUGCCGUACAAGGUCGAUCCCGUGACAGGGUUGAUCGAUUACGACAAGAUGGAGGAGACGGCACGCCUGUUCAAGCCGAAGGUGAUCAUUGCGGGUAUAUCGUGCUACUCGCGCUGCCUGGACUACAAACGGUUCCGCGAAAUAGCGAACCAAAAUGGUGCGUAUCUGUUCGCCGAUAUGGCGCACAUUUCCGGACUGGUAGCGGCCGGUGUUAUACCGUCACCGUUUGAGUACGCGGACGUUGUCAGUACGACCACGCACAAAACGCUGCGUGGUCCGCGGGCGGGCGUUAUCUUCUUCCGGAAGGGUGUGCGCAGUGUAAAGGCAAACGGUGAGAAGGUAAUGUACGAUCUGGAGUCGCGCGUCAAUCAGGCCGUGUUUCCUGGACUACAGGGCGGACCGCACAAUCAUGCCAUCGCCGGUAUUGCGACGUGCAUGAUGCAGGCCAAAACGCCCGAAUUCCGUGCCUAUCAGGAACAGGUGAUUAAAAAUGCACGUGCCCUCUGUGCCGGACUGCUCGAGAAGGGUUACUCGGUGGCGACUGGCGGUACCGAUGUGCAUUUGGUGCUGGUUGAUCUGCGCCCGGUCGGUAUCACGGGUGCACGGGCAGAGUAUAUACUGGAAGAAAUUUCCAUCGCGUGCAACAAAAAUACCGUACCCGGCGAUAAGUCCGCCCUGAAUCCGUCUGGCAUUCGGCUCGGUACACCUGCCCUCACGACGCGCGGUCUGCUCGAGAAGGACAUGCAGCAGGUGGUGGACUUUAUCGAUCGUGGUUUGCGCCUGUCGAAGGAUAUCGCCAACGUGUCCGGACCGAAGCUGGUUGACUUUAAGCGUGUCAUACACGAGGACGCCACAUUUAGCGCCAAGGUGCAAAGCUUGCGCAAGGAGGUGGAACAGUACAGUGAGCAAUUCCCUCUGCCAGGUUAUGAGGAUUUCUAAACAAACAAGCAAA